GGAAGACCCGCUUCACGACACACACAAGAAAGAGCUCAAAAAUAUCACAGGCGGUUUUUUCAAUAAAACGAACAGAAACCAAUACACGGACGAAAGUCGUGAGUAUUCCAACAAAAAUCGAUGAAAUACUGGAGCCAGCCACACAAUGUGCCUCAACAAAGGAUGUAGUUGUAUUCGACGGCUGGGUGUGCUGCAAUUGCGCUACAAGAAUCGACCUGCCUUCUAGCGUUCGCACAUGAAGAUAUCGCUAUAAGACGAGAUCAAAGAAGCAACGAACAUUUUGGCCGAAUCGCGAGGAGGACAGCUGCAACGAGUAGCACAUCAUGGUGAAAAUGCUAGGACCCCACUCUCAAGAAGGUGGCUCAUCUUCUUCAAAAUCUUCGACGUUUUCGACUGCAUCUGGAGAUGAAGGCGCGUCUUCUUCAAGUAGUCCUGCAGCUGGAGCACUGAGAGGCAUUCCCGCGGCGAGUCCACCGGAAGAUACGAAUGAGCCAUCGGGCAGUGAAUAUCCAUCAUCUGAGAAAGUAAUUGACGCGGCGAGCAGUUCAUCUCAAAAACAUGAACAACAAGGAACACCAUCAAAUUCAAGAAGCGGGAUAAUGCGAAGACGACCACCUGAUAGUGGGCACAGUAGUUCGACCUCUUCAAGUUCCUCUAGCUCAUCUACGCCUACGCACAAUAUUUAUUCCACUCCAACAAAAGCAGAAGGAGGAAAGGGAGGAUUCAAGCAGCUGAACGCAUCAAGGUUACUGAACAACAGAUCUUCAAAGUUUAGUACACCAACUAACUAUGGAACAGGAGCAUCAGCGUCCUCGAGUUCUUCAUCUUUUAACAGAAAACGACAUCAUCAAGAGCAUCUAGCGACGUGGAGGAACUUAGAGUUGACAACAAGGCAAGAGCGACAGUUAGAAAAGAGACUGAAAAGCUGGUAUGACAACAGAAUAACUGGACCUUUUGCGAGACGAAGAGAAUCAGCUCUACGUUUUUUGGUGCUCGGUUCUCUGGUCUUUCUGGGUUUGAUACUGUAUCUCUUCCUCUCGUCGAAAUGGGUGUCAGCGGGGGUGCAUAGUGGUACUUUACAAAACUCUAUGAUGAUGGUUCGGGCGAGCUUUAUGCUCAGCAUGAUGUGGAUUUGUUAAUCUUCUACUGAUGAACAUUUUUUUGAUGCUCUUUUAACCCCGAAACAAACUUCUCGACGCAGAUUCCCACCAAACCUUGCCCUUUCGAUCGAUGGAAGUGACGAGUAGCCUUUUUUAUGUCGAGACGCGCGUGACCUGCGCAGAGCCAUCAAAGGGCCGAAGAGAUUACUAUACCGUUUUGUGCCAAUUCCUCCAGUACAUCCAUGGUCGCGCAUCCUUCACGGAGAUCAUAAACUGGGCAUGCCACCCACUACCAGAAGGAGCGGAUACGAAUGUAAAUUCCAAAAAAAAUCUUUUUGUUUUUGAAAAUGUCUUGUUUGACAGACAACUUUAUGCUGACGAUGUUGAAAGGAGCACGCCUUGUUGUGAUUUCCGAUGCAUCCAUGAUCACCACCCCCAGGGCGUGACAGACAUGUACAUCGACAAGGGGUUGCUUUGUGAGGUUUUCAACCGACACGCCAUGCAACACCGAUUCUUCCUGUCAAUUUUUGCGCCUUUGGCAAUAGCGUCGAUGCUUGGAAUCUUCCUUGUCGUCUACAUCUGGUUCUCGAGUACAGGAAAAAGCGUCCUGACCGACAUAGCGAUGUUGUCCUUGCUGUUGCCAACAUGGACUCUGCCAGUGCUGAUCGUUGGGUAUAUGAAAGAUUCAUUAUAUCUUGUUUUUUGAGCAAGAGCAUGUCUGAUGUUGAAUAUAUGAGCAUCAGCAUGAUCCAACAUGAUCUCAUCUUGCAGGCGAACCCUAUUCCUGCAAGACCUCUCUGCUGAGCUCUCACCGCUUCUAGACGUGCCGCGGAGCAUCCUUCGGAGGCCUAACAUCGACAUUGGAUGGCUUCAGACCUUGAUGCUUCCUAUCGUAGCACAAUCACCGGAAGAGCAGAGGAAAAUUGGCCAGUUUCAGUUAUGCUCCUGAGAUGAAGAUAUCUACAAGUUAGUACUAAGUAAGUAUUAAAAUAAGUUGUAGAACUGAUGUACCUGUACGUGUAGUUCGUCUACGAAUAAACGAAAAAUACACUAUGUAUGAGCAGUCUUUCCUUCGUAGUCGAGAAGAAGGACAACGACCCCUGGCACCUCUAACUCCCUCUGAGCACACGAAAGAGUUGGAGCUUAUCUCGCGAACGGCAGAGGAUUUUCAACGCGACUGGAACUUCUGGAGAUGGCUUGGACCAGUGCAGAUGGCACUGUGGACAACUUUCGGUAUUUUAGCGGAUCUUCCUACGGGCUACGCAGCCUUAGACCUUCGAUCUUAAUAAUAUUUAUCACAUGUUGAAAUUUUUAACGAGUCCUCUUUUCUUGCUCUAGUAUCUGCAUCGUUGGUAUGUUCGCAUGCGCAUCCACCUAUAUUAUCAUCUUCACAGGUCUCUUCUAUUUCAUGGUCGUCCUGAUGCACGUUUUUGUUGUCCCCGAGAGUAAUCUAGCGCCUUGGUUUGUGCGCUCUGCCGGGAAAUGGCUACGUCGCGCUUUAGACAUCGGGAAAAAUCCAAGAUAUGCGGGACUAGCGAGUUGCGUUGCGGUUUUUCUCCAAGAAAACCCGGACUUUCUAGCAGAACCAGAAGCAGAGAACCUGAGUCCCACUAUUGCUGUUGCUGAGGACCUUCUGCUAACCGAAGCAGCGUUAACGAACCCGUUGGACCAUACCAAGGACCAAGCUGCAGCCAUUGAACAAUUUCACCUCACUUCUGCAUCGUCUUCUUCAGAAAGCAACAUGCUAGUGGUAGGACCUUCUUUAAGACCGAGGAGACAACAAGGAAGUCCUGGUGGAAAGCUUGAAGAGACAGGACUGGUGCAAGAUGAAGAAGACUUGCUGGUACUUAUUUUUAUAGAAACUACACAACUACUUGUUGACGGCUCCAAAUUCUUACAGAACCGUAAGUAUGCUAACAAUAUCUCAACAACAUCUUAUGUAGCAUCCACACGCGACAACCACCAGGAUCAAGUUGCACUUGCAGAGCAGGCAGCAUCACCAGCGACAUUGGAUACGAAAAAGAAGCGCUAUCUUGCCUCAUCGUCCAGUAAGCGGACAACCGCAUCUGAUGCUACUGACGACAAUGCUAGCAGUGAUGAGGGGAUUGAUGCCUCUGAAAUGAACAAUAGCACUAACGCGAGUCGUCCUCGAGCAAGAUUAGGAAUAUCUCCCCCUGGUAAAGAUGGUUCGUGGCCUUCAUCUUCUUCUGCACGAGAUGACGAUAGAAAUGUCGGCUCCGGAACAGCAUCUUCUCCUGCUCCUGGGUCCGAUGCCGGACCAUCGCCUGAGGGUGCAGAUGCGGCUGAUGAUGGACUUGAUGUAAUCUACGAUAAACGAAAAAGCAGAAAUCCGUUUUCGCCCUGAAGCGAAUGACGUUCAUUUUUGUGAAGGCACAGAUUCAGAUGCGCGCUCCGAGUGUAAUACGUGCAAUGUGGCUCCUCCCUCAGUCCAUUGUGUCAACCCCAAGUUUUCCAAGAAACUACUAACUUAUAAAUAGAAUAUUCGACUGUCGCUGUCGAGAUCUGUUAACCAAAAAAGUCGAUGUUGCAGACACGCUUUAGAUGACGCAUCCUGGCAUAGGUACCUGACCGUUGUACUGUUGUCUGAUUUUCCAACUAACUCGUUCGUGUUAUGUUUUGCUUCUGGUACAUUAAAGUCACAAGAUGGUACUACUACAAAUUCUUCCAAAAAGCAGGAUUUCUCUCUAGCCACCCUCUCCUGCU